UCGCUCGCACAGCCCCUCGAACACUCCUUCGCUCACGCACAUGCAGGCAUACAGCUACUCUCAGGCGCUGGAAAUGCGCACGAUCCCGCCGGCCCGCAGACUCACUUAAACGCACAGACGCGCUUCACAACCACCCGCUUGUCGGCUUGCAGAGAUGCUCCGAACACCGCGCACGCCGGCUGCUAGCGCUUGCUCGCCCUCCCCCGAAACUGGGGACCCUGCCCAUCGCUCCCCGGAGGUCGCGGCCCUGGGUUGGGGAGAGAGGGCCGGACGACCCUCGCUCGGUUUUCCUCCCACCACUCGCUGCAGGGCUUUUGUGUUUUCCCUGCGCGCCGGGGCGGGUCUGCCUCCUCCCUGCUCUCGCGGUGGCGUCCAGCCCGCCCGGACUCUUCGCCUUUCGGCCGCGUCUCUUUCGCUUUCUCUCCUUCCUAGCCCCGCUUCCUUCUUUCUGUUUCCUGGCUUCCCAGGAAAAGUUGAUUCCCCAGGUUUGCUGAAGUCGUCUCCAAGUCUCCGUGGGGGUCGGUGGGAACUGGGGGUGUGUGAGAGCGCGAUCGAUCCUCGGAGCUCCAGAGGGAUAGCGCCAGUUUUUCUCCGCGCCGCCGGGCUGGGCGCUGCAGCCAGCGCUGGCUAGAUCGCGGGCGCCGAGCAGCGGGUCGGGGAGACAUCUGACCGAGGAGCGCCCUGGUUUCCCUGGAACCCAAGGAGUUUGUUUUUGGGAAGGAAUUUGGGUAGCCAAGCUUCCAUUUUUUUCGUCUGCUCCCUCUUAGUUCCUCGAAAUCCCGAUGUCUGCGAGAAAGCCCCUGGCCCAGAAAACCCACCCUACCCCACUACGCAGAGCCCAGAAGGAAAGAGAGCCUCAUGCCUGAGCUGCGGGGAGCACCAUGGAUCUGACAAAGAUGGGCAUGAUCCAGCUGCAGAACCCCAGCCACCCCACGGGGCUCCUGUGCAAGGCCAACCAGAUGCGGCUGGCUGGGACUCUGUGUGAUGUGGUCAUCAUGGUGGACAGCCAGGAGUUCCAUGCCCACCGGACGGUGCUGGCCUGCACCAGCAAGAUGUUUGAGAUCCUCUUCCACCGCAACAGCCAGCACUAUACUCUGGACUUCCUCUCGCCAAAGACCUUCCAGCAGAUUCUGGAGUAUGCGUACACAGCCACCCUGCAAGCCAAGGCAGAGGACCUGGAUGACCUGCUGUAUGCAGCCGAGAUUCUGGAGAUUGAGUACCUGGAGGAGCAGUGCCUGAAGAUCCUGGAGACCAUCCAGGCCUCAGAUGACAAUGACACCGAGGCCACCAUGGCAGAUGGUGGGGCUGAGGAAGAAGAGGACCGCAAGGCUCGGUACCUCAAGAACAUCUUCAUCUCGAAGCAUUCCAGCGAGGAGAGCGGGUAUGCCAGUGUGGCUGGACAGAGCCUCCCUGGGCCCAUGGCGGACCAGAGCCCAUCAGUCUCCACCUCAUUUGGUCUUUCAGCCAUGAGCCCCACCAAGGCUGCAGUGGACAGUUUGAUGACCAUAGGACAGUCUCUCCUGCAGGGAACUCUUCAGCCUCCUGUGGGGCCUGAUGAGCCGACUCUGGCUGGGGGUGGGCGGCACCCCUCGGUGACUGAAGUCAAGACAGAGAUGAUGCAGGUGGAUGAGGUGCCCAGUCAGGACAGCCCUGGGGCAGCCGAGUCCAGCACUUCAGGUGGGAUGGGAGACAAGGCCGAGGAAAGGGGUAAAGAGGGGCCCGGGACCCCGACCCGGAGCAGCGUCAUCACCAGUGCCAGGGAGCUGCACUAUGGGCGCGAGGAGAGUGCUGAGCAGCUGCCACCCCCAGCCGAGGCUGGCCAGGGCCCCCCUGGCCGGCUGGAGCACCCCGUGCCCCCAGCUGAGAAACAUCUGGGUAUCUACUCCGUGUUGCCCAACCACAAGGCCGACACCGUGUUGAGCAUGCCGUCUUCCGUGACGUCUGGCCUCCACAUGCAGCCAGCCCUGGCUGUUUCCAUGGACUUCAGCACCUACGGGGGUCUGCUGCCGCAGGGCUUCAUCCAGAGGGAGCUGUUCAGUAAGCUGGGCGAGCUGGCUGUGGGCAUGAAGUCAGAGAGCAGGACCAUCGGGGAGCAGUGCAGUGUGUGCGGGGUCGAGCUGCCUGACAACGAGGCUGUGGAACAGCACAGGAAGCUGCACAGUGGGAUGAAGACGUACGGGUGUGAGCUCUGCGGCAAGCGGUUCCUGGAUAGUUUGCGACUGAGAAUGCACUUACUGGCUCAUUCAGCGGGUGCCAAAGCCUUUGUCUGUGAUCAAUGCGGUGCCCAGUUUUCGAAGGAGGAUGCCCUGGAGACACACAGGCAGACCCACACUGGCACGGACAUGGCCGUCUUCUGUCUGCUGUGCGGGAAGCGUUUCCAGGCGCAGAGCGCGCUCCAGCAGCACAUGGAGGUCCACGCGGGUGUGCGCAGUUACAUCUGCAGCGAGUGCAACCGCACCUUCCCCAGCCACACCGCCCUCAAACGCCACCUGCGCUCACACACAGGCGACCACCCGUACGAGUGUGAGUUCUGUGGCAGCUGCUUCCGGGACGAGAGCACACUCAAGAGCCACAAACGCAUCCACACAGGCGAAAAACCCUAUGAGUGCAAUGGCUGUGGCAAGAAGUUCAGCCUCAAACACCAGCUGGAGACGCACUACAGGGUACACACAGGCGAGAAGCCCUUUGAGUGCAAGCUGUGCCACCAGCGCUCCCGGGACUACUCGGCCAUGAUUAAGCACCUGAGGACGCACAACGGCGCCUCGCCCUACCAGUGCACCAUCUGCACCGAGUACUGCCCCAGCCUCUCCUCCAUGCAGAAGCACAUGAAGGGCCACAAGCCCGAGGAGAUCCCGCCCGACUGGAGGAUAGAGAAGACUUACCUCUACCUGUGCUACGUGUGAAAUGAGGCCCGCGGCGGUGGAGAAGGGGUGGGAAGCAAGAAAGGAAGAAUGAGAGAGAGAGGAAGUCGAGGAAGGACUGUGCAAAAAAGAAAAAAAGAAAAAAAAAAAAAAAAAGGAAAAGAUAGGAAAAAGAGGGGGGGGAAAGGGAAGGAAAAGGAAACCUGAUAGCUGUUUGGCCUUGGAUUCUCUCUGGGCUCCAGGUGACCUGGAUGCCUGUCCACUGCCCCCCUUUUCUAGGGACCUCCCUCCCCCUUUUCCUGGCUGGAGGGUUGCCUGGUUUUCUUGGGUAGGGGCGAGGGGCUGUUUUGUUCAACUCAGAUGUUGGUAUAUUUUUCUUCAUCCUCUACCCAGACCCUCCUUUUGUGUUGAAUGGGAUCUGGGUUGGGGGUGAGCAGUGUUCUGGUCAGAGCCACACAGCAUCUGCCUGCCCUCCUCUCACAGACUCCUCAGAAGAUGAAGGCUGAGGGAGGGGGGCAGAAAUGGGAGCCUGCCUAUGGGGAGUUGGGCUGGGCUGGGUCAUUGGUUGUUGCUCAAAAUGGCAGUUCUAGUUGGCUGGGAGCAGACUGGGGUUGCAGGCAGGGGGCUUUCCUUCCCUUCUCCACCACUCAGUUCAGUUCACCUGCUGAUUCCCACCCCUCUGCCAGACCUGGGUGCCUCCUCUUGGUCAUCUUGCCUUUUGCCCCUCCCUUCAGCUCCUUGUUGCCUGCCUCCCCUUGACUCCUGUCCUCCAAGUCCCCAGGUCUUUCCAGCCCAUCAUAGAUCAAGACAGCAUCUCCCUUCUCCUCCAGUUUCCUGGCAGGAAAAGCUGGGUCUGACUCAAAAGCCCCUACUCUCACCCUUAGCUUUCUGAGAUCGCAAGACAAAACAAUCGAUUACCCCACCCUGGCCAAGUCCCUUUAGAGCAAGAUUCCUGCUGAGAUGCUUUUGCUUCCAAAGUAGAAAAACCUAACAACAAAACAUAUACCAUCCCACUAAACAAACAAAACUCCUUCUAAUCCAAUUUCGGUUUCUAGGAAAAGGAACCAUAGAAGGGCUGAUUGUCCAAGGGAAAGAGGUAGAUGACCACCUCCAGGUGGCUCUACACCGGGAAGAGGGACCGCCUGCCCAGGGAUGGGAUGGCUGGCCAGAGAGGGAAGUUGUUGAGUCAUAUGGGGACCCUUUGAACUCGGGGGGUCCGGGGACCCCAGACCUAGUGAGCUCAGCAGGAAAAUCCAGGUCCAGAGGGUGGCACAGAAUUCCUGACUCAUGGUCCCCUCAGUCUACCUGGAGGAGGAGAUGGAACGAACCUGCUUUGGCCUUGUGUUAUGUUUGCUUCUUUUCUGUGUCUCUCUGUUCCCCUCUUAGCACAUUGUACUUGAAUUACCUCAGUUUUUUGUGACCUCAUGAGCUUUUUUAGCCCCUGUAUCUCUUCUUUGGUUGGGGGUUGGAGGAAUGGGGAGGGUGUUCUUUUCUGUUUCUUGAGUAAAUUAAUAGUUGGUUUUAUAGACUUCAGCUGGCCAAGGCCCACCCCAGUCUGUAGUGACUAGCCUCUCUGCACAGAAGGAGUUGAGAACUCAGAUCUGAAUGUGGGGCUGGGGGAGGGGGGUCAGCAGAAGGUGGGUGCAGGGGAUGUUGCGUUGGGGUCUCACUGUUCAGCCUGGCACCCAGAACUCACUGCUGGCUCUGCCCAAGGUAUGAAGUCAUCCAUGCCCAGCAUCCAGUCUAGCCUGAAAUACUCUAGAGCAAAAUCCCACCUUUCUUGCAAUUUUCUGGGCCAUUCAGUUUUGGGGGCCGGCAUUAUCCAGAUCCUUGCAACCAUGGGGCCCCACCUCUGUGUGCAGUAUCAUUGCCAAAAUUGGUAUAUUUUCGUGGCUGGUUUGGGGAUGAUCCAGCCUUUGCUGUGUUGUGUUGGGGUGGGGGUAUUGUUUUUCUAAAAGCUACCUCUUAACGUUUGUCCAGUUUUUCUUUUGUUCCUUUUAUGCCUCCCAUUCUGCUGCUCUGCUUGCCCUCUUUUCCCCAGUCUCCCUACCCUGAAUUUUGGAAAGCACAUUUGCAAUAUUUUUCUUUGCUUUAGGACAGGCCCUCUGUUUCAUCUCAUGCUUUAUUCGCAAGAGUUUUUAUUUUUACUUUCCUUUUUCUCUCUAUGGGAAAUUGUGGCUGCGUUUUUAUCUUAGGUUUAAAAAGUGGUUUAGGGAAGCGGUUUUGGGGAGAAGGGUUGUGAGAAAGGGAAGUCAGAGGGAUGGACGCUGCUGUGACUACCCCCCUGUCCCUCGGCCCCAUCCCUCCUGCCCUCCCCUUCAAUAACGUCCACCAAGUCUGAAGGCCUUAAAAACUGUGUGUUGGGGGGACGUGGAUUGAGGGGAUUGUAUCACUAGAGUGUUGAUUGGGGAUGGUAAAGUAGGGAGGAUGCUAUUUUGCAAUUAUAAUAAUGACUUAGUGCUUUGGAAAGGAAAAAAAAGUUAAACUUGAAGUAUGUGACUAGAGCAGUUAUCAUGUUUAUAAUGUGAAAAGAGUGAAAUCAUUUUGGGGAGGGGCAGUCUGUAAGAAAUCAGUAUGCACUAUUGCUUCCUCCCCCAGUCUGGGAAGAAGGGGGGGCUAGCUAGCCCUCAGGGGAUCUGUAAAUCCCAGAAAACAGUAUUUUAAAAGCAAGAUGUAAUUCAACUUUGGUGGGGAAGGGAAAAAAACCCAAUUAUUCCAUAGAACUAGCUGACACCUCUGACUCCACCAUUCCCACCCAGCCUGAGUCCCCUCCCCUAUCCAUAAAUGCUGAGAGGGUUGAGCUGAUAUUUACAAAUUGUAAUAUUUUUGUAGUAUUUGUUAGUUCCUUUGUCAGUUCUACAGGACCUUGCCCUUUCCUUUUGUAAUGUGAAUAGGAAAAAAAAAAAAAAAAGACAAAAAAGAAAUCCACACCACCACCACCAAGAAUCCCUUUUUCGUCUGUGUGCGUGCGUGUGCUUUUUGUGAGCGAUUGUGUGUUAAAUCAUGCAGUAUUGUUGUAAUCUGGUGUUGCAGCAUUGGAUGGUACUAAAUCAGCACCUGCCCACUGCACCCAGCCUGAGGGUUCUGCAGAUCCUAGGAGGGUGGUGAGAGGGUGUGGUUUCUGAAGGAUACUGGGUGGGGAGACUUCCCUUCUUGCUGUCCCAUCCACUGAAGGCCCAGAUGUCCUGAACAGAGUUCUUCGUCCUCCUCCCCAACUUUCUAUCCCAAAGACAAAAGACUUCUGAACUUGCCAAGGCCUUCUUGGCCAGGCCUGAGGGGUGGGGCCCACACUUCAUGCCUUGGGGUACAGAAGGAAGUUGUCUGGAGGCUUCGGAUGUGUCUGCAGGGAAGAGGGUUUGGGAGACCAGGAGGGUGGAGGUGGUUCUGUCCCCAGGUGAGACCUGAGUGCUUUUACUUCCCUCUUCUUCCUGCCAUCUGGCUCCUUCGGCCACCUCGCUGCCUUUAGCUGUGACACCGCUGAUGACGCUACCUGCUACUGCCUUACUCAGCACAGUGAAGCUUCUCCAGCCUGGGAGAGUCCAAGUUGGUUGAGUCCCUUUCCCAUGUCCAGCCCCUUACAAGUGUGUGUCCCUGAAUGCUUUUGGUGACAUUGACCCCCGCACUCAGACUCUGUCUCUGUUCCCUCCUUCACUCAUUCAAAGCAUUAAAAUCCUAUGUGUAUAUAGGAUAGACAAAUUAUAUAUAGAGAGAGAUAUAUAUAGCGAGAGAGAGAUAUAAAAUAGUAAAUAUCAUUGCUGCUUUGGACUGCUUUGGAGGAGGCCACGGAUAUGGAGAAGGUAGAGCUGGGGUACAAGGGUGGGCAGGGUCUGGGGACCCAGUGAUUCAGUACAAUCCAAGGAUGUAACGUGGGCUUGUUUAAUCUUUGUGCCUGAACAGUUUUUCCAUGUGUAGAAAAAAAGAAAAAAAACAAAAAAACUGCUGCAAUUUUUCACAAGUGUAUGGUACCUUUUUGGAUGCUGUUGGUACACCCAGCCGCAGGGAUGUCAAGGCCGUGGGAGGGAGAGGGCCAUUACGCUUACCUCCUUACAGGGAGCGUGGCCUUUGGACUCUGUCCACAAAGGGUGGCAGGGGGAGUUUUGUGGCCUGUUCCUGGCAAGCCAUCGAGGGUGAAAGCUAGGGGCACCAGGAUGUGGAAGACAGAAAAACAGAAGAAAACCAGACUCCGUGAGUUGGUUUUGCCUAGGCCUGUUUUACAGUCUUCUUUUUUCCCCUCUCACAUCUUGUCUCGUCCAUCCUGGAGCUUCUGCUGGCUUGGAUCAUGUGGCAGCACUUACCUGGAUAUUUCAGUAGCAGGGAAAAAAAGCCAGACAAACCCUAUAUGGUGAGACUGAUGCGUGGAGGGAAAAAAAAAAGGCAAAGAUGGCCAGGAAAGGGGUGCAGGACAAACCAGGGAGGUUGGGGUCAGGGGAAAAUGGUGUGGAGAGAGGGGUCCAGGCCUGUUAGCCAUCAGCCACUGCCUCCCUGGGUCCUUGGCGUCCCACUUUGCAGACAGGGUACCAGCCUCCUGGUGUGUAUCAUAGUAUUUGUUCACAUAGUGUUAUGCAUGAUCUUCGUAAAGUUAAAAAGCCGUGGUGGUGCACCAUGACAUCUGCCCCAUAUAUAUAAAGAUAUAUAUAUAUAUAUAAAUGUAUGUAAAUUAUAGCACUGAGGGCACUGCUGCCCUGCUGGACCAAGCAAAACUAAGCCUUUUGGUUUGGGUAUUAUGUUUUGUUUUGUUAUUUGUUUGUUUUUGUGGCUUGUCUUAUGUUGUGACAGCACAAGUGCCAGUCCAAUUGCUCUGUAUUACAGAAUAGUGUUUUUAAUUAAUUGAUGUUCUAGUUAAUGUCUACCUCAGCACCUCCUCUUAGCCUGAUUUUAGGAGGUUGCCCAAUUUUUGUUUCUUCAAUUUUACUGGUUACUUUUUUGUACUAAUCUCUUCCCCCCCCCCCCUUCUUUCCUCUCUCCAUCUCAUUCCCUCCUCUCCUCUCUGGUUCCCCCUGUUUGUCCCUUUCUCUUUCUCACUCUUUCCUUCAUCUUGCCCCAUGCUCUGGCCCCAACCCGGCUCCCUUGCGGUUGUGUUUGCCAGUCCGAUCUGUUCUAGUUCCGAAGCAGUUUAUUCAAAGUUGUGCGGUCCUGGUUGCAGCUUUCCGCAUCUGCCUUCGUUUCGUGUAGAUUGAUGCGUUUCUUUGUAAUUUCAGUGUUUCUGACAAGAUUUAAAAAAAAAAAAAACACAAAAAAGAAAAGAAAAAAUGAAUUUACUGCUGCAGGUUUUUUUCUCUCUCCAUGUGUCACUAAGUGAAGUUUGUGCCUUCUAUAGCAAAGAGAAUAUUUUUUACAUCCUACUAACAGUAGAUUUUUUUGUAGUGAACAUUUUUUGUAUUUUUAUUUAUAAGUCUCAUAAGAAAAAUAGCUAUGUUCAGUUGUAUACCUUGAAUCUGCAGUUAGAAGAGAAAAUAAAGUUAAUUCAGUUGUC